AUGCACCCGGAGGCCAGGCGGCGGCUGCGAGCGAAGCUGGACGAGAAUGCAUACUCGUGCUCAACUUUCUGCCAGGAAUUGCCAUACACGAUCUGGAACACAUGCCCGCUCUGCAUGUGCGGGCUCAUGCCUGUCUUCGUUGUUUGCUUCUCAGCGAUCUGCCGCCUCGACUAUGCGACGCAUGUGACGGACAUAGGUGCCGAGAUCAUUAACGAAAUGGGUCUGUCUUACACCGUGUAUUACACAGCCGGCUGCUGGCCACCUGCGGUGUCGUAUGCAGUGGGUCAGGAGCCGAAGGCGGACUGCAACACAGAGGACUUUGAAAUAGCUGCCGCAGAGUACGAUGCCUUAACAGGCUCGCUGCUGCGCGUCCGAAAUGUAACAGCCAUCCAGGCGACGAGGCUGACUGGUGUCAAGGUAACACCAGAUUGGCGAUUCGUCUUGUUCGUAGGUUCCUUGUCGAACGGCGUUGGGAACAUCUAUUCAGUGGAUGCUCAGGAGACUGAUGCCCGAAGAGCAGUCCCACUUUUGACGCAGGUGCAGAUGGACGCCUUAGAUGCCGCAUGCCAGCUCCACACGAGAGCGGUGCUUGACAUCCUCGAGGAGCGUGGCCACCGGCCUGUGCAGAAGACUGCCCGAAUCGCGGGCUUCAAGCACCUGCAGGUCAUCAUCCCUGGCAUCGAGCCCGUGGAUUUCGGGGGCACCUUUCAAGGGCUGCCUGCACAGCCGCCGGGCACCUCCCUGGUCUACCGGGCGGCCUUCAGCUUCGUUUGCAGGCAGGUGGAGACGGUGAUGAGCGGAACGGAGACCAUCGAGUUCUCAAAGGUCGCCGUGCUCGACUUCAGUCUGAAGGGCUUGACUGGCCAUUCCGUGCACGACGCCUACGCAUCCUCCGAGCUGCGCGUGCUGGACACCGAGACGCAGGCGCCUGCAGGCUCCUCGCGCUUUGCUCACGAGUCUGCCAAGCGCUUCCAGUCGCAGAGCUGCCCUCGCUUUGUACCCAGCAAGCAGGGUGCCGAGCUGCUCUUCGUGGCAGAGGACAUCGCGCCGACGGGCGAGUCCGCUGCACCGCGCUGGUCAGACCGGCCAAUGUCUCUGCCUUCACGGGUUCUCGCGCAGAUGCAGAUGCUUCCACAGGUGCCGACUGGGAGGAAACUGCGAUCCACGGAGGAUGCAGAGGCCCACAGCGUGCCGGAGACAAGAGAGGAGGAUCCCGAGCCGCACCAGAAGACUCCGCAGUCCAGGGAAGAAGAGGUGCGACUGGCGCUGGAACGGCACGAAGCAAAGGUUUUGAUGCAAGGCGCCAACGAGGUGCCGAGCGUGUCCAAGAUGCUGGACCUGGGAGUGCACGAGAUGCCUUUUGCACCAGUCUCCGGCUGCCCGGAGUUUGUCCCAAGCCUCUACUCCAGCACGAAGACGCUGGCGGAGGCUUUCCGACAGGACCUCUUCGCAAGUCCGGAGGAACGCCAGCAGCAGCAGCUUCGCGAGGAACAGACGCGGGACUCCUUCGUCGUCCUCACGGACCCAAGCAGCAACUCCGUCCUGGGAAUCGAUGCCCAGGUCCUCGCAGGGUCGCUUUCUGUCGGACCUCCGAUGGGCGAGGUAGCGUUCAUGAAGCUCCUCUACAACGUGAAGAGUACGAUUGGCACCAGCGGCCAGCAGCAGCUCCUGUUGGGCGGCUGCAAGCCCAUCCGUGCUGCGGGCCGCGAUGGUCACAUGAAGAUGGAGGCAGCACUGGAGAGCGUUAUGAAGACGCUUCAGAUCCACGAUGAGAGGCAGCAGUACACGACCUGGCUAGCAUGCCUUACGGCGGACCAGCGCGUGUCCAUCGUGGAGUCCUUGGAAGACAAGCACUGGAUCAACAUGUCGAUGCCGUACCCAAUCUGGACAGGCAAAUCGACCCAGCAUGCUUGGUGCCAUCAUCAGGAGAGCUGUUUCGAGGUAUGGUCGAAUCCAAACCCCAACGAGUGA